AAAUGUUAAUAGGAUUACAAGUAUAUUGACCUGCAACGUAUGGAUGUUUCUGGAAAAGUAGUGCAGACAUCCUGGUGGCAUCUCCACGCUGUUCUUGGCAGUCGUGGUGUUUGCAUUCGUUGCGCUACAGGCAAACGUAGCUGGCAUGGCGCUCUACCCAAGUUCCGCGCUGUAAUAAAAACAGCAGGCCUGAAGCGCGUCUGGCUGACAGGCGGCAGGCAGGCCCAGGCAGAGGGCCUCUGUCUGUGCACCUGCUGCUGCAAACGGCGAGAAGAUGCUGGCGCUUGCGUUGGGCCCGGUCCGAGAGCCCGAUGGACGACGGGACGGCGACGGCGACGGCUGCUGCUCCGGCCGGCUGUUUCUGCUAGAGCGCUCGCCCCGCCGCAAGCCCUCGCGCGACACGUCCAGCCCGGCGUCCGCGUCGCGUGGACACGUCCUGAUGCAUGUCAGCGGCUGCCAGAGCAGCGCUCAUCAUUGCAUGCGUUCCUGUGCGUGCGUACAAUGGCCCGGGGGCCACCGUACGUACGCCGGCUUGUAGCAACUAGCAACUCGUGGAGUUCUCCGGCCAGCUACUGUGGCUGGCGACUGGCAAGGCUGCGACUGCGAGCAAGAUGCCACUGUGCUGCGGCAUGGUGGUCCGUUCACGGUGGCGCAGGCAGGCAGGCAAGCAAGGGCAAUCAUCGUUUUCCCGGUUCACGGAGGAGCAGGGUUUACCAUACCAGGGCUGUCUGUUGACACUGUGCUCGCAAAGCCACAACUGGCCGGACCGUGGUCCACCCGUACGUCCCCGGCUCCUCGCCCGUGGUGGGGAUGUGCUACUGCUGUGGCUGUGAUAACUGAUAAGACGACGCAACGCAAUGCAAGAAGGUAGAACCGUAGAAGUAGGACUGACCAAGUCUCCUCUAUUGGAUGAGGCCGCUGAUCAUAGUACCAACGAUUUUUUGUACUACUGAUGCCAUGUUUGGUUUCAAUUAGUCCUAGGACUAAAUUUUAGUCCUAGGACUAAACUUUAGUCCCUACAUGUUUGGUUCUAGGGACUAAACAUAUUCUAAAGUCAUUAGGUAGGUGCCCGUGCGUUGCGACGGCAUACAAAAUAUUAAAUAAAAUAGUAAUGUACAACUAAA